CUAUGUCAAUUGUCAACAAUAGCGUCAGCCGCAAACGCAAAUUGUCGGAACGUGUUGCUUAUUUACUUGAUGGCUUUGCACGAGUAGAUUUUGUUAAAUCUGGACUAUAGAUAGAUAAAUAAGUUUACCAUGGAUUUCCAAAAUCGACCUGGUGGCAAAACCGGAGGAGGAGGAGUAGCGUCAUGGUCAGAAAGCAAUCGAGACCGACGCGAAAGACUUCGCCAGCUCGCCUUAGAAACCAUAGAUUUGAAUAAGGAUCCUUAUUUUAUGAAAAAUCAUUUGGGUUCAUACGAAUGUAAGCUUUGUUUAACUCUCCACAACAAUGAGGGAAGUUAUUUAGCGCACACUCAAGGUAAAAAGCAUCAGGCUAACUUAGCUCGUAGAGCGGCUAAAGAAGCAAAAGAAGCACCUCAGCAACUAGCUCCUGAGAAACCUCGCAUAGAACCUAAGAAGUUUGUAAAGAUUGGAAGACCUGGUUACCGAGUUACUAAGCAAAAAGACCCUGAAAAUGGUCAACAAAGUUUACUGUUUCAAGUUGAUUACCCAGAAAUUGCUGAAGGUGUGCAACCAAGACACCGUUUUAUGUCAGCCUAUGAACAAAAAAUAGAGCCACCAGACCGCAGGUGGCAGUAUCUACUAUUUGCAGCAGAGCCUUAUGAGACCAUAGCUUUUAAAGUGCCAAGCAGAGAAGUGGAGAAACAUGACUCAAAGUUCUGGACUCACUGGAAUAAAGACACAAAGCAGUUCUUCCUGCAGUUUGCUUUUAAAAUGGAGCCUUUGCGUAUGCCGCCGCCGCCGCCCAAGAUGUGGGAGAACCAUGGCAUGCGCCUGCCUCCUCCGCCUGGAGCACCUAUGAUGGGAGUGCCACCACCACCCCCAUUGUUACCUGUUCCACCUCCUCCUCCUUCAAUGUAACGGAAUUGACUAGAUAAUAGAUAAUAAAUUUUAUAUUCUGCA